GAACACUAUUGACACUUCGUGCUAACCGGGGCCAUGCUUGUCUGCCAUCAACGAAAAUGUCUUGAACAAUGGACGCAGUUUGUUUUGUUUACCGCGCGUUUCUCCACGAUCAGCUGGUGACCCAGAUACGCACAUCCGGGUGAAGUGUCAGCUCUCUAGUAUUACUGUGAACUCUCUGGGGGCAUUACAACUUUGACCUCUGACCUUCGACCGAAAUCGUUAUCAAAAUGGCUUUGAGGAGAAUGGAGUGACGAAAGUUACUGGAGUUGUUGUUGUGGAAAGUUUCACACGGUGCUUGUGUCUUGUCUCUUGCUGUUGUGUCGCUCUGAGUCUGAAGUAUGGCGGCUCUUUACGACUUCGCUUCCACUUCGUCGUCUUCGGACUCGGAGUACAAUAGAGAACAUCUGGAGGAUUUAUCUUAUGGGAAUUUACAAACCAUCCCCGACUGUAUUCUUCAACGGUCAAACGCACUCCAUUCUUUACAGCUGGAUAACAACGACAUCACCAGCUUGCCAAGUUCUAUAGGCGUGUUUAAAAAAUUAAUUGUACUCGACAUUUCGGCAAAUAAUAUGACUUUCAUAAGCGACGAAAUAUGUCAGUUAUCAAAACUUAGAACUCUUAUAGCCAAAAGCAAUAAAUUAACAGCAACUUCAUUUCCUAAGGAUUUCGGACAACUGAAGUCUCUAGAAGUUGUGAAUGUGAGUGGGAACCACUUGGAGACUUUUCCGCCGCAGUUUACAGAAUUAAGCAAGCUUCAAGUACUGCAUUUCGGUGGAAAUCUUUUGAAAGAAAUCCCUAGCACGAUAAAACGCCUCACAAGACUGCACGUGCUGUACCUAGGAGGUAACCAGUUGGCCGAGAUCCCGGCGGAGGUGGGCUACCUGAGCGAGCUGACGUCACUGGUGCUGUGCGACAACCAGCUGCAGAGCCUGCCGCCCACGCUGCUCAACCUGAGCAAGCUGCGGAGCCUGAGCCUGCACAACAACAAGCUCAGCACUCUGCCCACCGAGAUCGUGGCCUUGAACUUGGUGGAGCUGAGCUUGCGGAAUAACCCGCUGGUCAACCGCUUCGUGCAGGACCUUUUGUACAACCCACCGUCGCUUCUGGAGCUGUCAGGCCGUGUGGCCAAGAUCGAGCGGAUCCCUUACACGUGUGAGGACCUGCCGCAGAGCCUCGUGAGGUACCUCAACUCGGCCCAGAGAUGUGUCAACCCGCAGUGUAAAGGUGUGUACUUCGCGUCGCGUGUGGAGCAGGUGAAGUUUGUGGACUUCUGCGGUAAGUACAGACUACCGCUGCUACAGUACCUGUGCUCACCCAGCUGCACGACCACCUCACCCACAGUGUGUGUCAACAGCGACAGCGACACGGAGGAGGAGACUGACGGAGCGAGAGACAGGAUGAGGAGGGUGUUGUUGGGGUAGAGGAGGAGGAGAACGACGUAGCGAGAGACAAGAGGAGGAGGAGAACGAUGGAGAGAGAGAGAGACAGGAUGAGGAGGGUGUUGUUGGGGUAGAGGAGGAAGAGAACGGCAGAGUGAGAGACAAGAGGAGGAGGAGAACGAUGAAGUGAGAGACAAGAGAAGUAGGAGAACAACGGAGCGAGAGACAGGAUGAGGAGGGUGUUGUUGGGGUAGAGGAGGAGGAGAUCGACGGAGCGAGAGACAAGAGGAGGAGGAGAACGACGGAGAGAGAGACAAGAGGAGUAGGAGAACAACGGAGCGAGAGGCAGGAUGAGGAGGGUGUUGUUGGGGUAGAGGAGGAGGAGAACGACGGAGCGAGAGAAAAGAGGAGGAGGAGAACAACGGAGUGAGAGACAGGAUGAGGAGGGUGUGGUUUGGGUAGAGGUGGAAGGUGUUGUUUUGGCAUAAUAUAUGGAAGGAAUAUUGAAGUUGGUGGUGGUGGGAGAGGGUGUGGGAAUGGUGGUGGGAUUCUGUGCAGUAGGCGGGGAGUGGGGUUUGGUAUGGGGAUGGGAUGAGAAUGGGUCUUGUUGGGGGUAGAGUGGGAUAAUAAUGGUGGUGGUUGAGGGGGAGUGGGGAGAUACAGGGCAAAGUGGGGUGCUUUUCAUGUUGAGGGGCUUUCUGGUGUGGAGUGAUGAUGAUGAUGGCAACGACGACAACGGCAUCUGCAAGGACAGGCAACUUUGUUUCUGAAAA